AUGACAUUCAUUCGAAUUGCUAUAUCAGUGAUAGAGCAUGUCCCAGAUGGCGAUGUGCACCGUGAAGUCGGCGAAACAUGUUUUAGAUCACUCGCAGGACAAAAUGCACCCUCGGAAUUUCAGACAGUUGUUUGGGCUUCUAGAGUCACAGCGCUUAAACAUUGCAAUUGGUUGGUAUCGAUCCGGGGUGUUUUCCGUCUCUUCGGAGUCAAUCACCGAAAGUUGCUGCAACUUGGGGAGACUGGUGGACUCGAGAGCUAA